UGAAGGACAGCUGCUCGGGCAGUGGGUAAAAUGGAAGUCUUUCAUCGCUCUUUCCUAAUGAGGACAGUUGGCAAAGUCACCGUGUGAAGUACCUGAGGCUGUUGAAUUAUGCAAAAGUGGAGCAGCGUGCUCCUCCCGAACAUGAAUCAAAAGCGAGAGCGCAUAAACACGUUGCGGUGGGAUUCUUGUCGCACGGGAGGCGUCCGGGCGCUAGGACCCGGGACACGUGAGCGUAUUAGUUUGCCAGAGGGUGGAGACGGUGAACAAUGAAGGGGCUCACCGGUAGGACCAGCAGCGAGCGGAACAUCUGAGAGCAACCUCCCAUCAAGCCCAGGGUCCCUGCGGACCGACGGACAAAGCGGACGGACCUGUGGACCGCGGCAGGAGGACGCCGAACGCCGAGGAGGAGCCGGGACCCGCAGGUUGAUCCACGCACGCCGCGCGGAGCAGACCCCCCCCCCCCCCUUGCGUGGACGUGAAUGACUGGCCUGGUUGCGGUGUUUGUGUGGCGGUGAACUGGGUCACGCAGACCGACUGGAGGAGCGCAAGAUCAACAUGCGCCCUCCUCGCGCCGCUCGGCACGGCGAGAUGGUGGGCGCUCAGAGGAGGGACCCCAGCCUGCGCCUCCGCCUCAGCAUCCAGCAGACGAUGCUGUGAUUGAAAGUCUCCCAACUCAAGAGCAUCUCCAGAAACAGGACGUCGGCCGGUCCCCGUUCGUGCGUCGGUUCGCUUUUCCGAAGGACAUGCACGUUUCUCUCUCCGCACCGUUGACUGACUGGUAACGAGCGAGCGAGAGGCGCCCGUCAGUUCGCCCGCACACCUCAGCGGAUCAGCGUGGAGCGGAGUGGAGCGGCUCCGCGCGCCGUGCGGAUGCAGGACCACGGAGGAGAGAGACAGGUCGCCAGCAGUCUGCCCCACAGCGUCAAGGCGAGCCUGUCUCUAUCCCCGUCCGGGCCGGGGCGGGUGGGCAGCGGCGGGGGCUCCCCCACCUCCAAAAUGGGCUACUGCGGCGGGGCGCCCGUGGAGGACAUGCAGGCCCUGGCCAUCACCUCGCUGUCGGCGGCGGACGUGGCCAAACAGUACGAGCACAUACGCGAGCUGGGGAAGGGCACGUACGGCAAAGUGGACCUGGUGGCGCACCGGACGCAGGGCACCAAAAUGGCGCUGAAGUUCGUCACCAAGAGCAAGACGAAGCUGAAGAGCUUCCUGCGGGAGUACAGCCUGACGGGCUCGCUCGGCUGCAGCCCCUUCAUCAUCAAAGUCCUGGACGUGCUGUUCGAGACCGAGGACUGCUACGUGUUCGGACAGGAGUACGCCCCCGCCGGGGACCUCUUCGACAUCAUCCCCCCGCAGGUGGGUCUACCGGAGGAGAUGGUCAAACGCUGCAUGCAGCAGCUGGGACUGGCCCUGGACUUCAUGCACAGCAAAAACCUGGUCCAUCGCGACGUCAAACCCGAGAACGUGCUCCUGUUCGACCGCGAGUGUCGCCGCAUCAAGCUAGCGGACUUCGGCAUGACCCGGCGCGUGGGCUGCCGCGUAAAACGGGUCAGCGGCACCAUCCCCUACACGGCCCCGGAGGUGUGCCGGGCCAGCCGCACAGACGGCUUCCUGGUCACCACCAGCCUGGACGUGUGGGCCUUCGGCGUGCUGGUGUUCUGCAUGCUAACGGGCAACUUCCCCUGGGAGGCCGCCAUGGCCGCCGACGCCUUCUACGAGGAGUUCCGCCGGUGGCAGAAGGCGGGCUGCCCCGCCGGCACCUACCCGUCCCAGUGGCGCCGCUUCACCGACGACGCCCUGCGCAUGUUCCAGAGGCUGCUGGCCGCCGAGCCGGAGAAGCGCUGCGGCGUCAAGGACGUCUUCUGCUUCGUCAAGUACGAGCUGGUCAGCGAGCUCCGGCGCCGGGCGUCCUGCCGAGCCAAGAGGGGCGAGAGGUCCAGCUCGGGGGCGUGCGCCGGCAGCUGCUCUUCCUCUUCCUCCGCCGCCUCGGCGCGUUCCUCCCACAGACACCCCGAGCCCUCCACCCCCCCAGGAACAUCCUGCCUGCGCCCGGCGCCGCUCAAGCGCAGCGUUCUGUCUGACCCGCUGUCUCCGAGAGACGAGUCUGGACAGCACCCAUCUCCGGGACGAGACAAGAACAAAAGCCAGAUGGUGAUGGCAACGGCGAUCGAAAUCUGUGUGUGACUACACUAAUGCGAGCACUGGAGACUAGAUGGCUUUUCACAGUAAUAACAAGCCGUGAGGAGGUGUUAAUGACUGCCACUGAGGCUCCAGUGAAAAGGGGACUGUACUUCAGCCAUGAAAGAGAAUCUCAGGAUCACAUCCCCGGCUGUGGAAAUGGACAUCAUCAAUCAGCGGUACACACUCGGACAGCUCUCCACUUGCACACGGCGUUUAGGGUUUUGAUUUGCGACCAAAGACUGCUUCCCAAAGCGAGUAGCCGUUCAGGAAGCGUUUAACCAUCGGCUAAUGAUGCUCCUCCUCUCAGCAGCUCGUUCUACCAUCCAGACACUCGUGGGGUUUUUUGUCCAUACACUGUGGUGGUGCUAAUGAUUAUAUAAUUAGACUCCAUAGAAGCAGACUCUGUGUUUCUGUGGCUUUACUUUAGUGUUUAUCUCCAGGGAGGCCACAGUUUCAUUCACUAAGGUGAUACUGACUGAUUUAGGGGCCAGUGAUCUGAGUCCACUGCGUUACUGCCAGUUUCCAGACUUCCAAUACGUAAAAUUACAAAUAGAUUUUUUUUCAGAAGAAACCCUCAUGGAAAAAAAGAAGAACCACAAUGUAGCAGUUCAUAUGAAACGUCCUUUCACGCCGGUGUCUAGACUGAGAGACGGCUUCUCAGUGACAGGCAUCACCUCAGGACACUUCAGUGGGUCACUUCCUGUUUUAUAAUUAAUGGAAAUCCAUUGACUGGCUGGGAAACGCGUCUGCCGCUUUUCAAACAUUCACUUCCACUGAAAACGGAACGGGGAGAGGAAGGCGAGCGCAGCGCUGCGAACGCCGGAGCGGAGAGGAAAUGUCUCUUCACUGUUCCUUUUGUACCUGUUUGUGCGUGUUUGGUUGUGUGUGGGCGCGCGUUCCAAAUGCUAAAGCACAAGACUUUUGUAAAGGAGGGGAGCUCUCGGAGCCAAUUCUGAGUCUGUACUGUAAAUAAUUUGAUAUUUCCGGGCGUGUACCCUGAUAUCAGGUAGUUCAGCCAUGUAGCUAAUCGUUUUCUACAGCAACAGGGGUCUUGGUGUUGGACAGUUCCCGCUGGGGCAACACAGUAUGUAGCAAUGAAAUAUGACACAAUGUACAGUCUAUUGUAACAAAUGAAAUAUAUAGAACAACGCUCUAGAGCCCAUUAUAAUGUCUGACAUGGUUCCGUAGCAUUUUGUGGAUUGGGGUUCACUUCAUUGUGACAGAAAUCAGUCCAUAGACGUCAGUCAUCUCUUCAUAUUCCCAUCUCAAUCGCCGGGCUUCCCAGUUACAGUACGAGUCAGUGCAGCCCAUCCUGCCUCCACUUAGUCCAUGGGCAGGUGCAUUGGAUUAGGAGGACGCGGCGCUAAACGCGUGAUCCGCUGAAACGCUGUCGAACACCCCGCGCUCGCCUGUGAUUCGAUCUGCCCCUCUCUCUCUCUCUCUCUUUCUGGGAAGGCAUCCAGAGAUAUCAGUGGGAGCCAGAGCCGCGGUGCUCACUCACGGGUGACCCCGGUGUCAGCGAGUGAUGUUACGUGAGGCGUCAGCCGAGCCUGACCGGCGCCGCGGCCGUGUGCAGCUUUCAAACAAAAAUUCAUAAUCAGAGAAGAACCUUCAGUAAACCACCAGCAUGUGGACCCCUUGGUGGGCUGCUCGUGACUAUUAUUUACUGUAUCCUGCCUAGAUUUCAUUAUUUAUGUGACUCAGGUGUGUGUUUGUAUGUACUUCCUUUAAUUCCCUGCUCCUUUCAUGACAGCCCGUCAGCUCGGUCGCUAUGACGACAGCAGCAGAGCUCCUCGGGUUUAGCUCCUGUCCUCAUCUUGAGCAUCAAGUCUAAUUUAGCCCAAGUGGGAUAACUGGGCACGGAACCCCUCUCCCGCCACCCACAGCUCGUCCUGGCAGUGGCUUAGCUUCUUAUACGAGAUGAUUUCAAUUCCACAGAUGCACAUUUGCCUGUAUUUUACGAGCCAGUGCCCAAACCAAAUCCUUAUUCAGACAUUGGGCAUAAUCAAAGCUGCUCAUGCUUCUUAUCGUUUGCUUUGUCUCCUUCCACUUUGAUUCUUCGGUGGUGACGGGACUGAGGCUGGAGCCUCGUCAGAGGGGAUCGGUGUGUUGCUGCUGUAACGGCGUCCGCUUUGGAAGAAUUGGCGAGACAGUAAUUUGUCAUUAGACUGGAGUGAAGACCCAAUCAGUCAUGCACUCUACCACUUUUAUUGUUGAUCUCUCUGUGUGAUAAUGCAGAAAGUGCGUGAAAAUAUAGUUUAUUUAUGUAGUCCUUACUCACAAAAAGCACUUUACAUAGUGAAGACCUCAGAAGGUUCUACAGAAAACUUAUAAACUAUAUUAUUAUAUAAAUGACUCCCUUUAACAGAAGGAGCAUCCUGCAGAACCUGGCUCAGGUUGAACAGCCAUCUGCCUCCGCUCACCUCCAGAGAAAGAGUCUUAACUCUGUUUUUGGGUCUCAAACUUAAAGUGGGAGCUGGUUCCACUCAUGCACUGCCCCCCAUUCCACAUUCGGAAACUCCAGGAACUACAAGAAGACCUGCAGGCGAUCUAUCCGGAUAAUGUCUUUAAGAUAUGAUGGCGAAGGAUCAUUAAGACCUUCAUGUGUAAGGAGGAGGAUUAAAGAAUCCAUUUUAGAUCUUAGAGGGAUGUGGGAGAAAUAGCAUCUCUCCUGCUAAUUCCUCAGCGCUGGGCUGCAGCAUUUUGGAUUAACUGGAGGCUUAUUAGGGACUUAGAGGCAUCCUAUUAGUAUGAAAUCACCGUAGUCCAGCCUACAAGUAAUAAAAAUGUGGAUGCCGGUAAAUUUAGCAAUAUUCCUCAGGUGAAAGAGCCGGUUUGAGAGAUUUCCUUUUUAUAUGAGAUUAAGAAAGUAAUCUUGUUGAAAAUUAGCGAGAGCAUCUGAGGUUUGUAGAACAACCUACAGAAAACUACAGGACAGGGUUUUAAGACUCAUCUGCACUUCAAUGUAAAUGUGUGUCAGAAUAACUAAGUUCAGGCAGACAUUAUUAUUAUAGAUGCACUAGAUCUAAAAAAAACUCAGAAAUUUGAAAAAGGACUUAAAACACAAAUCACUUCUAGGGAUCUUGUUUUUCCAGUUUAGUUGAGUGGGGCUCUUUAACAUGCAGUAUACAUCUGUCUGAGAACUGAUUAAUAAGCUUGAGUGGAAGGUUGCUGCUACUCCUCCACCCCGACCCAUGCUUGUAGGAAUAUAACCAUUAAUAUGACCUUUGGGGGGGUUGGCUUGUUUUUAACUGUGUUGUACUUUCAAUCAUCAGUCUCCAGCAACAUCUCUGCAUCUUGGGCUUCUCUCUGCAUUGCAGUACUUUGUCAUCUAGUCACAUCACAUACAAGAUUAAAAACGUCAUGCAUAGUGAUGUAACACGUGUUAUAUGAGCAGGACAUAACUGAUUACAUGUACGCCCCACUUCAACUGAUGCCGGUUCGUGUAUCAUUAGACUAUUUGUUGUUGCACAUUGCACUGUUCCUCGUGGACUGUUAUGACAGGAGCUGUCGACUUUAGCGACGAGGCGUCAAAUUUUCAAAAGUCUUAUUGAAGCUCUAGAGAGUAGCCUUCCCAUUUUUACUGAUCAAAACUGUUUUCUGCCAGAAAAGUGUUGUUGUAGAUUUUAAUGUAAAUACCUAUGUAUUGUGUCUUUAACGGAAAAGAAUAAACAUCAUGUUAUUAUAUGGUAAAAUAAAUUUAUGCACCAUA